AAUGGUCCUUCGAUUUCACAUAUGACUUCAUUGUCUAACACCAACACCAUAGAAUUCAAUAUAUAUACUUUCAUAAAUUUCUAAAAAAAUAUUAAGAACUAAAGCAUCCCAUGAAACUUAAUUAGUUAGAGAUACAAAUGAAUAAAUGACUUCUUUCAUGUGAGACAUGUUUGCAGAUCAUAAAAAUCUAAAGUCAAAAAGUAGAAUAUCAUAUAGUUAGAGAUACAAAUGAGUAAUGUUGCUGACCGCUGCUCCACAACACGACGUCGUUAAGUACCGGACCAUUCCAUUUCAUUCCAAUGUUCCACCUCAAAACCCAAACUCAAUUGUAUGUAUAAAACAACAUCACAUUUGAAACUCCUUCGUUCCUCUACGCAAUGUUGAAACUCGUCCGUCGCAAAAACAUCACCAUCCCUACCACUUCCAACAAAUCCAACUCAUUCUCUUCACACUCUUUCAUCAAAAAUACAAACACUAUUGUCAAAAUCUUAACCAACCCCAACACCAACAUCACAAAAGCCACGGCACUCACAAAACAACAUCUCCAAAACUCAAACAAACCCACCAACACAUGCUUCUCCCUCUUCCACGCGCUUAAAUCCAACUUAACCAAUACGCCCCACUCCUUCGAAGCUUUCUUACUCGCACUCAUUCAACUAUCUCUCAUCGAAGAAGCCCUUUGGGUUUUCAAGAAUUUAAACCCUAAUUUACCUCCCUUACGUGCCUGCAACGCGCUUCUUCAUUACUUAGUCAAAUCGGAGAGGUUUGAUUCCGUGUGGGAAGUCUACAAUAACAUGGUGUCGCGCGGGUUUGAACCUACUGUUAUCACCUACGGCAUUUUAUUGAAUUGUUGCUGCAACCAAGGUGAUUUUAGUAAUGCACGCAAGGUGUUUGAUGAAAUGCUUCAACGAAGAAUUGAACCCAAUGUGGUGAUUUACACUAUUCUCAUUCGUGUUUUCUGCAAUGGAAGUGAAAUGGAAGAAGCUGAGAGGAUUUUUAAGAGUAUGAAGGAAUCUGGGGUGGACCCAAAUUUGUACACUUAUGUUACUCUCAUUGAUGGGUAUUGCAAAAUGGGUGAUGUGAAACGUGUUUUUGAAUUGUAUAGUGAUAUGUUGUGGAAUGGUUUGCGUCCUGAUGUUGUGACUUUUGCGAAUUUGGUAGAUGUUUUGUGCAAGGUGGACAAUUUGAAGGCAGCGCAAAACUGCUUUGUUUAUAUGACUAAAUUUGGUGUUUUUCCUAAUUCGUAUGUUUAUAAUUGUUUGAUUGAUGGUUACUGUAAAGCAGGGGAUUUGGUUGAAGCAAUGCAAUUGCUAGUUCAAAUGGAACGGAAUGGAAUUUCCGUGGAUGUUUUUACGUAUAGUAUACUGGUUAAGGGUUUCUGCGACUCAGGUAAGUUGGAGGAAGCUAAGGAUUUGAUUGAGAAGAUGGGAAAAGCAGGGAUUUUAUGUAAUACUGUGACUUACAAUGUGUUGAUUGAUGGAUACUGUAAAAUGGGUUAUAUGGAGAAGGCUAUUGAUGUGUGUUCUCAAAUGACUGAAAGGAAAAUAGAACCCAAUGUGAUCACAUUUUCUACAUUGAUUGAUGGGUUUUGCAAGAAAAGGAACAUAAAAGCUGCUAUGGGGUUGUAUACAGAAAUGGUUAUCAAAGGUCUUGUGCCUGAUGUGGUGACUUACACGGCUUUGAUCGACGGGCAUUGCAAGGUUGGAAACAACAAAGAGGCUUUUGAACUGCAUAAGGAGAUGCUGGAUGCGGGAGUAACGCCAAAUGUGUUCACAGUUAGUUGUUUGAUUGAUGGACUUUUGAAAGAUGGAAGUACUUAUGGUGCAAUCAAACUUUUCUUGGAGAAAACUGGAGUUGGUUGCCCUGGAGGUAAAGUAGAUCAUAGAAGGUUGUGUUCUCCAAAUGAUGUUAUGUAUGCUGUUUUAAUUCAAGGUUUAUGUAAAGAUGGACGUAUUUUUAAGGCCACUAAAUUUUUCGCGGAAAUGAGAUGUAAUGGCUUCAAACCAGACGUGGUGCUUUAUGUUAUCAUGUUGGAAGCACAUUUUCGAUUCAAUCACGUGAUUGAUGUAAUGAUGUUGCAUGCAGAUGUACUGAAGAUGGGUGUUAUGAGAAAUACUUCUGUAUAUCAUGUGUUGUCUAGGGGCUAUAAAGAGAAUGCAUAUUUAAAACAUGCUCAAAUGUGUUCUGAGCAUUUAAUGGAAUAUGACAUUCAGUGUCCUUAAUUAGUAGGGCAUAUGUUUUGAUUCCUUGAAGUGGAUGCAAAUUUGGACCCCUUUUUACAACAAGAUAGUAACUAAGGAUGCUGCAUGUCUUAGACUACAGUGAAAGGAGUCUGAUCAAGUUGGUUAAAUCAUAACAUUUUCAAUGGUGGCUGGUUGCAGCAUGAGUUUGGAUAUAUUGAGGGUAACUGUAGUCCAACACAGCUGAUGGGGUUGUGGUUGCAAUUGCAGAGACAUUAAAAACUCUAACGUCAACCCACGACUUGGGCCACAAUUGCAGUCAUUGACAGCCUGUUUUAUAAAUCUUUGGUCAUGCACAUAUCAUCACAGCAAGAUAAUCACUUAAUAAGCAUAUUAGUUACUGAAGAAGAUUUGGUUUCCUACUUUGUCAUCUUGAGACGUGAGAAAAUUGUACUGCCAUUGCAUUAUUGAGGCUUUCUUGUCAUCAACUUGAGAAGUGAAGACUGAGAAACAACCUUGCAGUCUUCUUUAGACUGCAAUGGAAGUCAUUGCAUUUAGCUGCUGGAGGAUUUCAAUUUUUACUUAAGGUGAUUUCUUCUGCCUCUCCUAUACAUAAACUUAAUGAUAAGGGACUGCAGGAAAUAAAGCUUAAGAGUGAAGGAAGGAACUGCACAAAAGUGUUGAUACUUGAUACAAUAUUUGGAUAGAUUUUUUAGGUUAUGAAGGAGUUCACAUAACUCUCUGUAUAAUUUGUUAUGUCAUUAAUAAAAACUUAUGACAUACUGUCACAAGCCAUUUUUUGCAUGCCUAAUAUUCUUUUUACUACACGGGGUAUCUC